AGUGAAGGCUUCCUGGACUGUCUCAGGAAGUACAUGCUGCUGACAGAGUCGACCACAGAUGCCUCCCUCCUCCAGGUCAGCCCCCACAGCAGAGCUAUGUCCCAGUCCUUUGAGAACCUGCUAGAUGAUGCCACCUUCGGACUUAUUACGAGGUUUUCUCAGGACCCAGUCACCACUACUCUGGGCGGUUUCUCCAGGGUGACCAACUACCUGUUUGAUGCGCUCCGGGGUCCAGACACGGAGCUACUGCAGCAGAGGCCUGUCGGGGAGGUGGCUGACCUGCUGAAUGAGGCCAUACCUGGACUGGACAUCAACCAGCAGGAGGAACCAGGCUUUGAGGUUAUCACCAGGAUUGAUCUUGGCGUGCGGCCCAUGGUCCGGCGUAGGGAGCCUGUUGGGGCGGAGGAGUGGAACACCAACAUGGACCCUGAGGGACGCAUGAGGAACAUCUCACACCUCAAACAGACCAUAUUCAAAGGGGGUCUGUGUCAUGUGUUGAGGAAGGAGGGAUGGAAGUUUCUACUGGGCUACUUCCCCUGGGAGAGCACCCAGGAGGAGAGGAGUCGUCUGACCAGGAGGAAAACGGAUGAGUACUUCCGUAUGAAGCUCCAGUGGAAGUCAGUGAGUGAGGAGCAGGAGAAACACAACAGCAUGUUUAGAGACCACAGGAGUCUAAUAGAGAAAGACGUGAACAGGACAGAUAGGACCAACACUUUCUAUGAAGGACCAGACAACCCAGGACUGAUUCUGCUGCACGAUGUCCUCAUGACCUACUGCAUGUAUGACUUUGACCUAGGCUAUGUCCAGGGUAUGAGUGACCUGCUGUCUCCGAUUCUCUAUGUGAUGGAGAACGAGGUGGACGCCUUCUGGUGCUUUGUCUCCUUCAUGGACCAGAUGCACCAGAACUUUGAGGAGCAGAUGCAGGGUAUGAAGACUCAGCUGAUCCAGCUCAGCUCUCUGCUACGACUACUGGACCUGUCCUUCUGGAACUACCUGGGGGCCCAGGACUCUGGUCACCUGUACUUCUGCUUCCGCUGGCUCCUGAUUCGCUUCAAGAGAGAACUGAGUUUCCCUGAUGUCCUGCGUCUUUGGGAGGUAAUGUGGACUGGGCUGCCGUGCCAGAACUUCCACCUGCUGGUGUGCUGUGCCAUCCUGGAUUCAGAGAAACACCAGAUUAUGGAGGAACAAUACGGCUUCAAUGAGAUCCUCAAGCUCAUAAAUGAACUGCCGAUGAAACUGGACAUCACGGCCAUCCUCAACAAAGCUGAAGCUAUAUGCCUGCAGCUGAAGAGUUGUAAGGAUUUGCCAAACUCAGUGGUUGAGAUCCUUGGAUUCAACAGCACAGACACCGAGUCAUCAUCCCAGUCAGAGGACACUGAGCGAAUGGACAGACCAGACUCUCCGGAACCUUCUACACCGUCAGACGACCAGCAGGACUUAGUCUCUGACUACAGCCCCAGCGGCGACAACAGACACUUAAGGGACGCAGCGCGUGACGUUUACAAAUUAGCCUACAUAUCGUAGCCAGCCUGGCUAACAGUAGUCUCUUGGCCAGUGAGAGAUUUGGUUCUGGUGGCUGAGAUGGGGCUCACAGCCUAGUGAAAAAGGUGGAUUGUCUCUCUCACACCUCACAGACAGAGGAGAGAUGGGAAAUGGCUUCUCGGGGCAGUAUCAUUAUAAUAGAGCCCAAGAGGUAUUCAUUUAAAGGAAGUUUUGCAAAUCAAAUAAUUUUUGUAAUGAUUCUCUGUCUAUUAAUCAUCUCAUUUUUCUUGUUAGAGGUUGGUCUUUGAGUUUUUAGGAUAUUGCUCCUUAUUGCCCCUGACUCCAAGGUAUUUAGUGUUCAGCAGAUUGCUCCUUAUUGCCCCUGACUUGUUAAUCGCUCCUGAAUCAUGUGAAUAGUCAAAUGUAAUGCUGAAGUAGUUGACAUGUGGUUUAAAUGGAGGUGGAAGGGCUGAGGAAUGGAUAAGGUUUUAUAUAAACAGGGCUUAUUAUAUCUCAUGGUAGUAUUCAGCUAAUAGGAGUCCUACUGUAGGUGGAAUUCAACUCUUAACUAUUUAAUGAAGAUGUGGUUGUAUUAUCUCAAGGCAAGGCCACUCUCCUCUACCGACUGAAAAGGAUUGUCUGCCCUGCAGCCCAUUGACAGAUUAUACAGUGUACAAAACAUUAAGAACACCUGAUCUUUACAUGACAUAGACUGACCAGGUGAAAGAUAUGAUCCCUUAUUGAAGUCACUUGUUAAAUCCUCUUCAAUCAGUGUAGAUGAAGGGAAGAGACAGGUAAAAGAAGGAUUUUUUUAGCCUUGAGACAGUUGAGACAUGGAUUGUGUAUGUGUGCCAUUCAGAGGGUCAAUGGGCAAGACAAAAUAUUUAAGUGCCUUUGAACGAGGUAUGGUAGUAGGCGCCAGGUGCACCAGUUUAAGUGUGUGAAGAACUGCAACGCUGCUGGAUUUUUCAACAGUGUCCCGUGUGUAUUAACAAUGGUCCACCAUCCAAAGGACAUUCAGCCAACUUGACACAACUGUGUGCAUUGGAGUCAACAUGGGCCAGCAUCCCUGUGGAACGGUUUCGACACCUUGUAGAGUCCAUGACCUGACGAAUUGAGGCUGUUCAGAGGGCAAAAGGGAUGAUACUCAAUAUUAAGCAAGUGUUCCUAAUAUUUUAUCCACUCAGGGGUUUUCCGUGUAGCUGCCUUACUGACCUCUGAUUUGGUAAGACUGAAAGAGACAUGAUUCAUAUUGAAAAAUGUACUUUGUUUCUGAAACCAUAUUGUUAAUCAUACUAGAAUGUGUGGGUUGGCACGGUGAUAAUAUAUGUACACAUAUUAGUUCCCACAAGUUGCUUUGUCAAACACCCAGCCUUACAGCAACGUUUUUAAAAUGUGGACUUCAUGCUAAACCACGAGGCCUUUGUCAACAUAGACAGACUUACUUCCAUGUACUCAUUUAUAUCGUCUGCUAGCUUACUCGCCUCCCAAAACGUAGGGAAUAUGGUUCUUGAUGUGUUUAAUAUUGACACACCUUACUUCUGAGGAAGAUUGUAAAGGAGUUGUUGUAGUCAUUGAUUAUGGUGCAUGCUGAAACUCUUAGCCUUCAAGUGAUGUAUCAGAAAAUGUAUCAGAAACAGUAAUGCUGGAAGACUUUUCCUACCUGAAUCUUUCUGUGUACAGAUUUGUAUAUUUCAGCAGUUUGUGCUGUGUGUAUGUAUGUAUGUAUGUAUGCAUGUAUGCAUGUAUGUAUGUAUGUAUGUAUGUAUGUAUGUAUGUAUGUAUGUAUGUAUGUACGUAUGUA